AUGGGCCUGUUGGUGCAUCUCGGCUCCGCGUCCUCGUCGUCCAGUCUCGUAGUCGGCGCAGUUCUCGGCCUCAUCGCCGCCGUCCUCACGCGCAGAGUGCGCCGUUGGUCGAGACUGCGACACAUCCCCGGCCCCAGAAUCGCCGGAUGGUCGACUUGGUGGCAGCUCAGAUCCGCCCUCAGCGGUCGUUAUCAUGAGCGUCUGAAGGAACAAGCCGAUUUACACGGCCCGCUGAUACGUAUUGGACCCAACGAGUUGCUCUCCACUGACCCAGUCGUCCUGCGAAACAUGUCUGCGGUCCGCAGCAGGUAUACUAAGGGCGAUUUCUACUCCAGCGGCAGGAUCGUGCCCGGUGUUGACAAUGUGGUCUCAAUGAGAGACGAAGCCAAGCACAAGGUCAUGAGGGCCAAGAUGGCUCCCGUGUACUCGGGCAAGGAAAAUGAAGGAUUCGGAUUCGAGGCCGGCAUGGACCGUCAGCUUCUCAACUUCAUGGCUCUUCUUGAUCGCAAGUACAUCUCCACCGACACCACCACGCGUCCAGUAGAUCUGGCCGAGAAGACACAGUUCUUUGCCCUCGACGCCAUUGGCGAUGUUUCUCUUGGCGAGCCCUUCGGCUACCUCGCGCGUGACGAGGACCUUUACAACUACAACGAGAUCAACGCCAGCUCGCUCCCCGUCAUGAACGUCGUCUCCGUCCUGCCCUGGCUGACACAUAUUGUCCACCAGUGGCCGCUUUGUUUACUGUUGCCGCGAGAGGGGGACCAGGUCGGCUUCGGGCGGCUCAUGGGAUUCGCGAGGGAUUUUGUCGAGAGGCGACUGGCUACAACUACUCCGCCCGUCAAAGACAUGAUGCAGGCGCACAUUAAUAACGGCAUGACCAAAGAAGAGCUCAUUCAGCAAGUUUUCAUUUCCAUCAUCGCCGGCUCCAACUCUUCCGCCCACGUCCUCCGCAUGAUCAUCCUGUCCCUAAUUACCAACCCCACGGCCUACACCUGCCUGGUUGCCGAGAUCCGCAGUGUCGCCGCCUCUCUCAGCACCCCGAUUUCCUGGAACGAGACUCAGACCCUGCCGUACCUCCAAGCCGUCGUCCGUGAGGGUCUGCGCAUGUGGCCGCCAGUCGGCGGUCUGGGCUUCAAGCAAGUGCCCCCUGAGGGCGACACCAUCAACGGCUACUUCGUGCCGGGCGGCACGCAGAUUGGGCAGGGUUUUUACGCGGUUGGACGCUCAAGGCUCGUCUGGGGCGAGGAUGCUGACGUGUUCCGGCCAGAGAGGUGGCUGGUUGCCAAAGGAGACGAGCUGAAGCGUAUGGUCGACGCGCUAGACACGCAUUUCGGCCAUGGAAAAUGCUCGUGCCUCGGAAAGCCAAUCGCUCUAAUGGAGAUUCACAAAGCAGUUUAUGAGUUGAUGAAACGAUAUGACUUUGCAGUUCUAAAUGCCGAGCAGCCCAUCAAGACACAGACUUCUGUCUUCUUGUUUGCCUCGGACUUUUGGGUGAAGAUCACGAAACGCACGUUAUGA